UUAGCUGUUAUCAAUUCUAAGGGCAAUAACUCUUAUGAUGGUGCUGAGGAGAUGCAUUAUAAUUUUUUCAGAUGAGUAUUCUGAGAUGGUGUGAAACUGGAUUGGUGUACUGCUUUACGUUAAAGAUUAUGGUGUUGAGAUGAUGGAGUAGAGAUGUUCUGGGUACAAUACACACUCAUUCUUUUUACUGUGUUAGCUGCCGUCCUCCUACCAUGUCUGUCUGUCCAAAAAGCAGUCAUCAUAGAGGACCCCUGUACUGAUGGUCAAAGGUACACACUAGGCCGUGAUGGGUUGAUUGUCAUCAAGGCAGAUGGGAACAAGUUUUUUACUGGUUCCUGUGUGGUGACAUUACGAGCAGAGGACCCUCGCUAUCAGUGCUCUAAGCUAUGCUUUACUGUAGACACUUUCAAGCUUCAGGUCUGCGAUCUUCGACUUGCCUUCUAUGAUACCGGUGUGUGGAAUUAUGGGUCAUCACCAGCAGCUUGGGUUGGAGGCUGUGGCCCAAAUCAGAACAUUCAGAAUAAAAAAUGGUGCAGUUCAGGCAGCACAGCCACAAUUCGACUGGAGAAUAUGCGUGGUUUUGCAGUCAGCAUGGUCCAGAAAUAUUCCUUCUAUAUGACUGCUGUGUCAAUUUGUUCAGAGGAUGCCAGAAUACCGCAGGAACAGGUGUCCGAGCCAGCGUUUGGGGGUAGUGUGAGUGUGACCGUGAUCAUCAUUAUUGCUGUGCUGGGCUGUGUCACCAUCUGUACCUGUGUGGUUGUCAUAUUCCUGGUGUGGUAUGUUAAACGUCGCACUGCCAUGGAACGACAGGGAACAAAUGAUUAUCGCAACCACACAAUACAUAUACCAGAAUCCGGGUCAGAUAAUUAUCACCCAGUUCAGGCCACAGACAAUGGUUGUCAUGGUGAUGAGGAGACCAGUGAUUUAAUGAAGGAAUCAACACAAAACAACAGGAUAUGGCAGGAGCCCAGUGCCCCACCCCAGGAGGGGGAGGGAGAGGGCCCCCAGAACCAGAGACCACCAAGUUAUUGCAGCACACCCCCAGAGUACAGGCCCUUUCUUCUCAGCAAUGAACAGGCUUCCUCUAAUGGGGAAAACAUUUGAGAUCAAACUUCAUCUUUUCUCAAGAGUUUAAUAAAAUAUGUAUUGUAUGUAUAUUCUGCACUUUACCUGUCAUCCAACGGAAGGGCAGUCUUCUAUUUUUAUCUGGGUCAAUCUGUUUAUUGUUUUCAUACAUUCUUGUUUUCAAUGUAUGUGUGUAUUGGUUAAAACCAAAAAGUUUUGUCAUUAAAUGUCAAUGUGUUUUUAACUGCAAAGUUAUCAAUAAUCAAACUGAUUUCAUGCACCUUCAAAUAUUCAUUUCUACAAUAUGACUGCACUCAUAAACUCAAUCUUACAUAUGUUUACAUUCUCUUGAUAAAGCAAGUUCUGAAAAAAAAUCACAUUGUGCUUUUAGCAGCUACAAUAUAAUAUUUCUAUGAUUUAUGAUGCAAAUUAUAUUUUCGUAUAGAGUUUUCAUGAAUGUUUUCAUAAAUGUGCAUUUACAUGACUUUGUGAGGAGACUUGUAAAUAGUUCAUACAGUGUUCAAUACAGAACAGUUAAUUUUAUUACUACACAACCUUAGUUGCAGCCUAGGUCAGUAUUACAGAGGCAAUUAACCAUCCCAUCCUUAGUUUUCUCUGUAAAAAGCUCUGUGCAAUAUUUCGUAUCAAAUGUGUUGACAUUUUAAAGAGUCUCAAAUAAAGAAUAACUUGUGCUCAACAGAAGACCUGUAUGUACUGUAUGUGCUCCAUGUAAAUCUCCUGAUUAGCUUUCUUCUCGCUGUACAAUGCAUUGUGAAACUGCGAGAGGAUUACCAUAUUUGUUCAUGUGCCAUAUUUGAUCCCCCCCCCCCCCCCCAGGUCAUUUUCAGUGUUAAUGACAUUCUAAUGGUUGUUUUGUAUUAAGCUGUCCAGCAUCUAGUGUCAUAAGAAGAUUAUGAAAGAAGUUGAAGUGAAAAUCAUGUGUAAUCUCACAAAAUAGAGGUGCAGACAAGUAUAGAGUAAAGAUUUUAUUAUGUUUUUUUUUUAAUCAUUAUUAUAAUUGUAUGGUUGAAUCUCAAAUUUUGUUUUACGAUAUAUAUUUAUCUUGUUUGUAACAAUCUUUAUUUUUUGUAUGAGGUCAUUUUCAGUGUUAAUGACAUUCUUAUGGUUUUUUUGUAUUAAGCUGUCCAGCAUCUAGUAUCAUAAGAAGAUUAUGAAAGAAGUUGAAGUGAAAAUCAUGUGUAAUCUCACAAAAUAGAGGUGCAGACAAGUAUAGAGCAAAGAUUUUAACACAGUUCCUAUGCUGCUUGCAGACACAGAGAAAUUAUACUUUUAAUUGUCAUCUGUCCCUCCUUGUCUCAAUGGAGUCCCUCCAUGUGUGGGUGGGAUCACAAUUUUACAGCAAAAGUCAAAACUUUUAUGAAUAUUCAUCACAGUGCAGUUUAAUAUCUGACAGACAAGGCCGUACCUAAGAUCUUCUGUUUGAGGUCAAGGUUACAUCUAGAAUCAUCUGAUCAAGGUCACAGGUUAUUUAAGAUUAUGCUAUAGUCGUAGAGUACUAUUGGAUAUGGUCAGCGAUAAGGAUAUAAGGAAGUACAGAAACUGAGAGAAUACAAAGAAAACGUCAGAUAGGGUUGCCAUGGUACCUCUGCAUUAAAGUGAUAUGGUUUUUCCAGUGAACUUUAGUUAAAGCUCUUUAAGAAAAGCAAUUAUAGGCUUGAAAACAUUUAUUAUUCGGCAAAUAGCAUGGCUGAAGUAGGAAUGUGAUAAUUUUCAAAAUAUAAUUUGAAACAGCUGAUUUAAUUUAGUAUUGAUUUGCGAAGGAUAAGAAAUGUCGCACAGGUAUCCACAAGUUCAAGCACCUGUAAGUCAAACGUGUGUCAUUCAUAUAAAAUUGUUAAUAAACAUUUUGAAUAAUAUGUUUUACGUAUUUAAGGUUGUAUUCUGUUUUAUUAUUGUUAAUUUAGUUUUGUUUUUGCUUGACUAGUCUUGGCCAAUCCUUGAUGUUGUGACAUUUAUUGGCCGACAUAAUUGGCCUAUCCUCAUGCUAUGCCUGUCUCAUUUUCAAGGAUAGGCAGGGCAUGAUAUGAAAAUAUUAUGUACUCACAAUGGAUUUUUCUCAUACUUUAUAAAGUCAUAGCAUAGUGGACCCUCAAUACAAAUCAUGUGAGGGUUCUUGUCAAUGAAGGGAUUUUUUUGGCUUGGAAGAGUUACCUCUUCUGAAAUCGAUUUUAGUCCUGUUGAACUUUCUUGGAGUAAAAUUCACACAAACUGUAGGGAAUGAUUACCCUUUCAAUAAUUUUUCAGAAUCCUCUCCAUAUUUUAAGAAUUCCAAUGAAUUAUGCAAAUCAAAUUUAUUCUGAUUAUUUCAUCAAAAUUCAAUGGUGGAUGAAAUUGAGUAAAUAAAAAAAAACCCAACAACAACAGAAUCACACCUUAGCAAUGUUUUAAUUUGCUUGGGAUUGAGAGACUUAUCACUGUGACAUCACAAUGUACCUUAGAGCUACAACAUCAUAACCUAGCUAUGAGACGUAACAUAGUUUAGUAGGCUAUGAUGUCAUACAUGUAGCUAGCAAAGCGAAGACAGCCAUUAUCCUGUCAGAUGUGAAGUCUCUCGGACGUAAUAUAUUUCAAUCCCGUGAUUAGUGUCCUGCCUAUUCUCAAUGAAAUACAGCCAUUUCUAGUCUUUGUUUAAGCAUUAGAUAAUAAAAUCAUGCAAGAAAAUAGGGUAAUAAGAGGAGUGUUGUUUUUGUUUACACAUGCAUGUUGGGAGAGGCUUGUGUGUACUUCUGUAAAUAUAAUAAUGAGCGAGUCAUUUAUUUCCAUUCUUUUGAGUCUGGCAUUUACAAAUCCUUUUAUGUACAAAAUAUUAUACACACUGUAACACAGCUAAAUGGUGAAGGGAACAUACACUCAUGUGACUGACAAAAAUUAUCAAAGUUUUUAAAAAUAGAAUGGUUCUUUUCACCGAUUAUUAUUCCAACACUGACCUACUAAUUAUCAGCAGAGAUCGAGAUAAAUGCCUGUAACUCCCCAUAAGCUUUUUUUAGUGGUUAGAAAAGACUUUCUGAAUUUGGUUUACAAAUCAGUAAUAUAGCGUAUUGUGUCGUAAUAUUUUCAAACUUGGUGGACUUUAUCUUUAAAGCGAGUUCAAAAUUUUGAUCCUCGCAGUAAUUCAUAUAGUACCCAUGAAGUCCCCAGCAGUGAAUAAAGUCCAUUACCCCACCAGUCAGAAGCAGAUAUACAGUCUAGUCUUGUUAUUUCAAGUUUUAGAAAGUGUUCAUGAAGAUUUUUUUUUUUUACUGCACUAUUUUUUAAUCACUGGGUAUAUAACAACAUUGGGAUAUGUGGUGAUUAAAAUGCUCCUCUAAUUUCCCGUGGAACAUUUCUGAGGGAAAUUGUUAUAUGAUCGGAGAUUGUAAAACAGAUUAUGAAGUAAAUCACUAAGUCUGAGAAAUUAAGAAUAUUUGUUAUAUACUGGAUCUCCAAUUAAAGAAUUUAGUGCAGUGUUAUUUUUGAUAAAGGGUAUAAAUUAAAGAUACUCCGAGCAGAAUUCUUGUAGAAAGGUUGAUUUCCUUUGCGCCGGAUGUUAAUUACAUCAAGCUUGUUGUUCUAUGUAUAUGGAUAAAUGUGUAAUUACAUUAUUGGCAUAAUUAAUAUUUUGUUAUGUACAUGUAGUACAAAUGUGUUAUUUUUUCAUGCAUUGUAAUUCAUGAAUUGUCAUUUAUAUACAGUGUACAUGUAUAGUUAUGAACAAAUAUAAUACAUUUUAAUUGAUAAAA